AAUAAUACAAUGGCGGCUUGAUUGUUUCCAAUGACUGUAUCUGUAUGUAUGUAUGGUUAAUUGUGAUCUUCUUCACGUCUAUAGGGUUUGGUUGUAGUUUCUUCUUCGUGCUCCAUAAUUAAUUUGGAGCGUUUGGCAGACCUGCAAAGAAGCUCAGUGAGGAAGCCUGCGUUUUUCUAUAAUAUCCAUUUUCUAAAGCUGACAAUUUAAGUAAUCCUUUCUCAAGAGGGCAGAGCAAACUAUAAAAAAUACUCGAGCAGCACACACAUCAUAUGACCCUCUUUUUCUUUAUAAGUUCCAAAACAGCACUUGAUAUUGUCUGUACAAAAACAUCCUUAAAGAACUUGAUGAUGGAUAGGAGCCUUCCAUUCUUGUGUUUCUUUCUCAUCUCUGCCAUGUUUGCUGCUCCUUCGGAUGCCCUCUCGCCAAUGGACAAGUCCAAGAUCAGAGGGAUGUUUGUGUUUGGGAGUUCUGUAGUCGACAAUGGCAACAAUAACUUCAUCCCUAACAGCCUGGCCAGGGUGGAUUAUCCCCCUUACGGAAUUGAUUUUCCUCUUGGCCCUACGGGAAGAUCCGCCAAUGGGGAGAAUAUAGCUGACAUACUCGGAAAAAUGCUCGACCUUCCAAACUACAUCCCACCCUUCAAUGAUCCCUCAACAGCUGGUAGCAGAAUAGUUCAUGGAGUUAACUAUGGCUCUGCUGGCUCUGGCAUCCUCGAUGAAACCGGUGCUGUCGCUGGAAAUGUAAUUAGUUUGAAUCAGCAAAUAAGAAAUUUUGAGACGACAACUCUUCCAGAAUUGGAGAUGCAGUUGGGACAGAACAGUAGCAGGAUCUUGCCUCAGUACAUGUUUUUGGUGGCCAGUGGAGGAAAUGACUACUCGCUAAACUAUCUCCUGAAUUUGACAAGAAGUAAUGUCACUCUCGAAGCUUUUACUGCCAAUUUGACCUCCACAUUUACUCUCCAGCUGAAGAGGCUGUAUAGUUUGGGAGCUCGCAAGUUCGUGCUCGUAUCAAUCAAUCCAAAUGGUUGCGCUCCAGUGGCCAUGGCGUCGGCUGCUGGUGAAGGCUGCGUAGAAAGGAUAAAUAACGCAGUUCAAAUGUUCAACAUCCAGAUGAGGAACUUGACAGAUGCUCUCAGACCUCAAUUGCCUGGAUCUGGCCUUGUUUUUGUCAAUGCCUACAAAAUUGUUAGAGAUAUUAUAAGAUAUCCAAGCUUUAAAGGUUUUCGCAAUGUCGAUACUUCUUGCUGUAAUGUUUCUGCAAUUGGGUUUUUGUGUGUAAGAGGAGGGCCAGUUUGUAGCAACAGAAGGGAGUAUGUGUAUUUUGAUGGCAAUCAUGUCACGGAAGCUGUAAAUCGUGUGAUCGCAACCAAGGCCUUCUCAUCCAACCUCGGAGCUGAGGUCUAUCCUUACAAUGUCCAAAAGCUCUCACAAAUUUAGAUAUCAUGUAAUCCUCUAACAUGGGAUCCUGCAAUUGAGCUUGGACUCAAUGAGCUCAUUCUCCAAUUGUAAGGAGAGAGUACACUCUACAUUGCUUGCCACAAAUCUCUUCUAUCCUACAGCAAAAUCACAAUAACUCAAAAUAAUUGAUGAUAUUAAACUCAUCAAACACCUUGUGGGUGGAGUUUUACUUU